AUGCAUAGAUUGAUUCAGCUUAGUACAUCUCUUCCUAGAAGUUCUCAUGGUUCUUUAAAUAGGAUUCUCAAAACAUUCGAUCCUAGCAUACAGACCUGCUCCUUGUGUAAACAAUCUUAUUUAAUUGGGGGGCAAACAAGAAGUCAAUCCACCAGUAUUAGUCCCAAUCUAAAGAUGAAGAAACUGAGGAAAAGAAAGAAGACUAAAAAGGAUUACACAGAAUUAGUUGUUGUUACAAACAACUCAUCCUGUCAGCUAAAAGCAACAGUGCAAAAAUUGACAUUCAGUGAUUUGAAACUUCUUGCCAGUACCAAUCUCAACUUGAGUGAACUCUAUAAGCUCAAAGAGCUAUCCAAACAUACUCCAGUUGAAGAACACACUUAUAAUAACUUGAAUAUAAUAGAAAACAUUCCUAGGACUAGUCAGGAAUCUAAGAAUGAUAUCCUGAGCACUGAUCUGAGCACUGAUCAGAAUGAUCAAAAACAAAUUAUUUUUGAUAUACCUGAUUCCCUAGGAGAAAAAGAAAUGACUUCAGUAUUUGAUAACAGUUAUUCUCUUGAAUCACAACAGGAAAUUGCUAGUAGAAUAAAUGACCAUAUCAUUGCUGCUGAAUUGGAAUCUGAAAUGGAUAUUGAGAGCUUGAGACGAGUGAACACUUUCCAACCGGAAGUGAUCGAGGAGCACAUUCCUGAACCGGAAGAGCACAAAGAACUGCCCGACAAAACGACCAAAACGACCUUGGACUACCACCGCAGGGAAGAAAUAAUGAGCAAAACCCUAGCCGCCUACAUUGAAGUAUGCGCCCACAUGAAAAACCCCAUGCGAGGCUUGGGAGCACUGAAUUUCCACAGAUUCAAAACGAAAAAAAUCGAAAACAAAUCCUACGUCGCGAUAAAAAGCACCAACGUUUACAAUGCUCUGCUGAAAGGUUUCGCUCAUAAGGGCGAUUUCCCCAAACUACAGGAAAUAGUGAAGAUAAUGCAAGAAGAGCAAGUGAAAUGCAACGUGCAAAGCUACAUUGCCAUUUUUGAAUGUCUAGGCAAGUUGACCGCCAAACAAAACCACUCCAAAGAUGUCGAAUUUUACACCAAAGAGGCCCUUUCGAACAACAUAACCUACGAUAAGAUCAUGAACGAAGGUAGUUUUUUGAAUCAGGAAAGGGAGUUUGUCUUGCAAGCGAUGCGGGUUUAUGAUCCGGGUUAUGUUCCGGAGUACGAUAAGCCCGAUGUUUGGUAUAAUAAUCACAUGGUGGAUCACUUGAACAACAAGAAACAACUCGAGCCGCUUCGGUCUACAGGAGAUAAUGAGGGUGCAGUUGACGAGCUGAAGAAGGGCAUUAAAAAGCAACUUGAUAUGGAACAAGAAGGUUAUGUGACGAUAAAGAGCAUCAAUAACAGAGGUCCAAUCACCGACGAGGUGACCCGACACCGUACGGCUCUGCAGGAGCACUACGCCAUGUGGGCGGAGGCGGCUCUGGAGGCGUUCCAGCGCGAUCUGGCAACGCUGUCGGCGCAAAGGAGCGCCACGAAUAUGGAGCCCUACAUGCGCUGCAUCCCCGCCAAGGAUUUCGUGGCGAUUGUGGUUGAUGAGGCGAAGAAGAUCGCGCAAGGCUCGGAGACUUAUAGUCCGACGGUGAACAUGCUGUACAGGGAGUUGGGCAACAAAGUUUACACCAGGUACAGGAUCCUCUGCAAACAAAAAACCGGCGUCCUGGACAAAAUCUCCGACAUCCACACCGCCUACUGCGCCGCCUAUGUCGCCAACCGAAAAACCCACGACGCGCUCCCCACCGAGCAAGUCCCGGUGAACCCCCGGCAAGCCUGGCAGUGGCUCGAGUACGAAAAACUCCCGCACGGCGCCACCUUACAGAUGGACCACCAGCCGUGGCUGCCUACGACCUUGCAGUUCGUCGGGAAGUUUUUGUAUCAUAUCGUUAUGUACGAUUUGAAGGUUAAUGUGAAUGCGAUGCGCAGUAAUAACAAGCACGUCAAUCAUCUGCCGGCGUUCUAUACGAUUUUCAGGACGCAGGGAAGACUUGUCAAGGAGGAGGUAAAGCCACACCCGAUCCUAUCGAAGCUCUACCGUCAUUCGCUGCCCGAAACGUUGACCUUCCCCGCGUGGGAGGUCCCGAUGCUGUGUCCGCCCGUUCCUUGGGUGUCCACAGAGACGGGCGGCUACCUCGCUUCGCCUUGCGACGUCGUGAGGCUGCCCCAGCAAGCGACCGCCCAGCGGCAGCGCAUGGCGGAGGCGGGGACGAGACAGCUGUAUCCCAGCUUGGACUCGCUCAAUCAGCUGGCGGCGGUGCCUUGGCGGGUGAAUCGGAGGAUACUGGACACUGUGUUGCAGGUAUUCAAUGACGGCGGUUCGUCUAGGCUGGACGUCCCUGAACCCCCCUCCUCGUUGACGCCUCCGUCGCAGCCUACUAAUGAAAUGGACAAGGCCGAGCGGUAUCAGCUGUUCAGGCAGCGGAUGCAGUACAGAAGAAAAAAAGCCGAAAUGUAUUCCCUGUGGUGCGACUGCCUCUAUCGAUUGUCGUUGGCCAAUCAUUUUCGCGACGACGUGUUCUGGCUGCCCCACAACAUGGACUUCAGGGGGCGGGUUUACCCGGUGCCGCCCCACCUGAACCACCUCGGCUCCGAUUUGGCGCGCUCGAUGCUCGUGUUCGCCGAGUCUCGGCCGCUCGGGCCCGAUGGGCUCGAUUGGCUGAAGAUCCACCUGAUCAAUUUGACCGGGCUCAAGAAGAGAGAUCCGAUUAGCGAAAGAUUGAAAUACGCCAACGAGCACAUGGACGUCAUCCUCGAUUCAGCCGACAACCCGUUGACGGGCUACCGAUGGUGGUCGAAGUCGGACGAACCUUGGCAAACGUUGGCCUGCUGCAUGGAGAUCGCCGACGUUGUCAGAUCGCCGGAUCCCGAAAACUACCGAUCGCAUUUUCCCAUACAUCAGGAUGGCAGCUGCAACGGUCUGCAGCACUACGCGGCCUUGGGCAGGGACAGUGGCGGCGCGUUCAGCGUUAAUUUGGCGCCGUCGGUAGUACCGCAAGACGUCUACAGCGCAGUGGUGGCCUUGGUGGAACAGCAGAGAGCCAAAGACGCGGAAAACGGACAUGAAAUAGCGAAGAUCCUCGAAGGAUUUGUCGUGCGAAAAGUGAUAAAGCAAACGGUGAUGACGACCGUUUACGGAGUAACGAGGUUCGGGGCUAGGCUGCAAAUCGUUCGCCAGUUGAAGGACAUCGACAGCUUUCCCAAGGAGUCCGUUUGGGCGGCAUCGUCCUAUUUAACUGGCAGAACGUUCGACUCGCUGCGCACGAUGUUCACGUCGACGCGCGAAAUCCAGGACUGGUUCACGGAGUGUGCGCGCCUCAUUUCGGCCGUCGGCUGCCGCCACGUGGAGUGGGUGACGCCCUUAGGGCUGCCCGUCGUCCAGCCGUACUUCAAGUACAAGAAGCAGUCGAUUGGGCCCACGUACGAGUCCUUCGCCAUGGAUAAGUACGAGAAACCGAAUGUCAUGAAGCAGAAGAACGCAUUCCCACCGAACUUCAUACAUUCUCUGGACUCCAAUCACAUGAUGCUGACUUCCCUUCACUGCGAACGAGCGGGAAUAACAUUUGUCUCGGUACACGACUGCUAUUGGACGCAUCCUUCGACUGUACAAAUCAUGAAUAAGAUUUGCCGGGAACAAUUUGUUGCACUUCAUUCACAGCCAAUUUUGGAAGAUUUGUCUGCUUUCAUGUCUGAUAAAUAUAGUUAUCAUCAAAGUGAUUUUGCUGGGGAUGGUUCCCUCGCAGAUGCAACCAGAAAGAAACUGAACAGAAUUUUGAGGCAGUUACCCAAAACCGGUUCGUUUGACAUAACCAAAGUUUUAGAUUCAGUUUAUUUCUUUAGUUAA